AUGGCGAGCCGGGCUGAGCUGAGAGCCGGGCGCAGCCCACAGAGCCCCCAAGUCCGGGCCGUGGUCGCCGCCCCCGCCCGGGCCGCGCUCUCCUUUUACAGCGCCCGCUCCUUCUCUCCCUGCUCCAACUCCUCCUGCUCCUCCUCCAUGCCCCUGCUCCUCCUGCUCUUACUUAUUUUCCUCCUGCUGCUUGAGGACGCAGGCGCCCAGCAAGGUGAUGGAUGUGGACACACCAUACUAGGCCCUGAAAGUGGAACCCUCACGUCUAUAAACUACCCGCAGACCUAUCCUAACAGCACAGUUUGUGAAUGGGAGAUCCGAGUAAAGGUGGGACAGAGAGUCCGCAUCAAAUUUGGUGACUUUGACAUUGAAGAUUCUGAUUCUUGUCAUUUUAAUUACUUACGAAUUUAUAACGGAAUUGGAGUCAGCCGAACUGAAAUAGGCAAAUAUUGUGGUCUGGGGUUGCAAAUGAACCAUUCAGUGGAAUCAAAAAGCAAUGAAAUUACAGUGCUGUUCAUGAGCGGAAUCCAUGUUUCUGGACGAGGGUUUUUGGCCUCUUACUCAGUUGUAGAUAAACAAGAUCUAAUUACUUGUUUGGACACUGCAUCCAACUUUUUGGAACCUGAGUUCAGUAAAUACUGCCCAGCUGGUUGUCUGCUUCCUUUUGCUGAGAUAUCUGGAACAGUUCCUCAUGGUUAUAGAGAUUCGUCGCCAUUGUGCAUGGCUGGUGUGCAUGCAGGUGUGGUGUCAAACAUUUUGGGUGGCCAAAUCAGUGUUGUAAUUAGUAAAGGUAUCCCGUACUAUGAAAGUUCCCUGGCUAACAACGUCACAUCUGUGGUGGGUCACUUAUCUACAAGUCUUUUUACAUUUAAGACAAGUGGUUGCUACGGAACUCUAGGAAUGGAAUCUGGUGUGAUUGCCGAUGCUCAGAUAACUGCAUCAUCUGUACUGGAGUGGACUGACCACACAGGACAGGAGAACAGUUGGAAACCUGAAAAGGCCAGGCUGAAAAAGCCUGGACCCCCUUGGGCUGCUUUGGCCACUGAUGAAUACCAGUGGUUACAAGUAGAUCUGAAUAAGGAAAAGAAGAUAACAGGCAUUGUAACUACUGGCUCCACCAUGGUGGAGCAUAAUUACUAUGUGUCAGCCUAUAGAAUUUUGUACAGUGAUGAUGGACAGAAAUGGACUGUGUAUAGAGAACCUGGUGUGGAACAAGAUAAGAUAUUUCAAGGAAACAAAGAUUAUCACCAGGAUGUGCGUAAUAACUUUUUGCCACCAAUUAUUGCACGUUUUAUUAGAGUGAACCCUACUCAAUGGCAGCAGAAAAUUGCUAUGAAAAUGGAACUGCUUGGAUGUCAGUUUAUUCCUAAAGGUCGUCCUCCAAAACUUACUCAACCUCCACCGCCCCGGAACAGCAAUGACCUCAAAAAUACCACAACCCCUCCAGAAAUAGCCAAAGGCCGUGCCCCCAAAUUUACUCAACCACUACAACCUCGCAGUGGCAAAGGAUUCCCUGCACAGAUAGAACAAACAACUGCCACUCCUGAUAUCAAAAACACUACUGUCACUCCAAAUGUAACCAAAGAUGUAGCAUUGGCAGCAGUUCUUGUCCCUGUGCUAGUCAUGGUGCUCACUACCCUUAUUCUCAUCUUCGUGUGUGCUUGGCAUUGGAGAAACAGAAAGAAAAAAACUGAAGGCACCUAUGAUUUACCUUACUGGGACCGGGCAGGUUGGUGGAAAGGAAUGAAGCAGUUUCUCCCUGCCAAAUCAGUUGAACACGAAGAAACCCCGGUUCGCUACAGCAACAGUGAAGUGAAUCACUUGAGUCCAAGAGAAGUUACCACAGUGUUGCAGGCUGACUCUGCAGAGUAUGCACAACCACUUGUCGGAGGAAUUGUUGGCACACUUCAUCAGAGAUCUACCUUUAAACCAGAAGAAGGAAAAGAAGCAGGCUAUGCUGACCUGGAUCCUUACAACUCACCAGGGCAGGAGGUUUAUCAUGCCUACGCCGAACCACUCCCCAUCACUGGGCCUGAGUAUGCAACACCCAUCGUCAUGGAUAUGUCAGGGCACCCCGCAGCCUCUGUUGGUCUGCCCUCCACGUCUACUUUCAAAGCCACAGGGAACCAACCUCCCCCUUUAGUGGGAACUUACAAUACUCUUCUCUCCAGGACGGACAGCUGCUCCUCUGCCAGGGCCCAGUAUGACACCCCAAAAGGUGGGAAGCCAGGCCCAAGUACCGCAGAUGAAUUGGUAUACCAAGUGCCACAGAGCACGCAGGAAGUAUCAGGAGCAGGGAGGGAGGGUGACUGUGAUGUUUUACAAGAAAUCCUUUGAAGGUGAUGCUGCUUUAUCACAGCGUCAUUUUAAAGCACAUGGCCUGUUUUUGCAUUAGUAAGUAGUAAUAUAUAGAAUGUAUUAAGUUAUCUGUCACUGAAAUGGUUGAGGAAAAUGUGAUAACCAAGGUACAGGAAACUAGUAAUCUUGCCAUCUUGCUUUAAAGGUAUAACUGUGGCAGUUACUGCUUGCCUGUUAAAUUCUGAACAGCCUGUUUGUUACUACUGUAAAACACUAUUUUUAAUACAGAAAAAGCUCUCUAUAAUGCACUUCAAAGACAUUAGGAAUCACUGAGAGAAAGUAUUUAUUUACCAGUACUGCAGGUACAUUAUGAACUCAAGAGAUGGCUCUAAGCCUGUUUGGCAAUAACGCAUGGUACUGUUCUUGAACUAUCUAAUGGCUUGAAAUUCUGCUCUUUGUGAAAGGUGGGUACUAUCAUAAUCUUCUCCUUUUUCUAUUCCUAGAUUGAUUUCCAGAUUGAUUUUUUAAAGAAUUAUAAUGUUGUGAUAUCACCAUUGGUUUGUUGGCAGUCAUAUACAGUUCUCCAUCUUUCAUUUGGAAGAUCUGUAGC